CACCACUACCAACCCCCGCACAAAGCCAUGAGAAGAACACACUUCCCCAAAUCUGGAGGUCUUAUGAGAGAUCAACUUGCAGCGCCGAUCCAGGAUGGCGAGAAAAGAAGCGACGAUGGCUGUUAUGUAUUCUUUUACAUGUCUGGUGUUGCUAACGGGUCUCGCAGCAGAUGAGUUGCUUCCACCAAAGCCUGAGAAACUCUUCAGCAGGCCUCUGCAAAAGGAACAAGAGGUCAAUCAGCACUUCAACACAUCAGCCCUAAACACAGCCUUGGCCUUUGAACUUUACCGCGACCUGGCAACCAGAACCGCCGCUGAGCCCGAAGUCCAGCGACAGCCCAACAUCUUGUUCUCGCCUCUGGGCUUGGCGUCAGCUCUGGCCCUGCUGUCCCGAGUGUCUGGGUCCGAGAGUCGGCGCCAGGCCCUGGAGGCCCUGGGGCUGGCAGCCAACUCUACAGAGGAGAGCGUUGAGGCCACCAUAUCAGCUCUUACUGAUCUGCAACGUAGCUUCACUGAACAGGAGGGAGGGGGUGGAGGCGGGGUCCAAAGGGCAGAGUCUGAGGCUGGACCUGGAACAGAAGAUGAGAUUGGUGCCACGCCAGGGGUGGAAACUGGAGGGGCGGAUGCUGGAAGCAGAGCUGAUGUAGAUGAUGGGCCAGAGGGUAGGAAUGGAACUGAGGAUGGGGUUCAUCCUGAGGGUCAGCUGAGAGUGUGGAGCAGCCUACAUAUUGAUGGAAAACCCUCACUAGACUAUGACAGCUUUUUGUCCAGGCCUCAGCACACUGAACCCUCCGCCCUCAACAUCAGCUUUGACACGCUGAUCAAAGACUUGGAAGCCUCUGACAAACUUGAACUUAACAAUUAUGUGUAUUUCAAAGGUCGUCAGCCGUUCGAGCGGCGCCACACAGUGCCACGGAGCUUCCAGCUGAAUGCCACGACCAGCGUGGAGGUUGCCAUGAUGUUCAGGGACGACUCCUCUGAGGUGAUGAUGCUGUAUGACACCAACUGCUCAGCCACGGUGGUGCAGCUGGCUUACACAGAGCGGCUGGCCUCACUGCUCCUGCUCCCUAAAGCCGAGUUGCAGCCCCUGGAGGACUGCCUCUCUGCCAGCCGCAUGAGCUUCUGGCUCAGCAACCUGAAGCCGGGGCGGGCAGAAAUCCGUUUCCCAAAGUUCCAACUAAGGAAAUCCUACAGUUUAGAAAGCCUCCUGAGGAACUCUGGCGUAUCGUCUGUUUUCUCAGACUCAGCCGACUUCUCAGGAAUAUCGCAGAAGACACUGAAACUCAUCAAGGCUCCCCAUGAGGUUAUGCUGGAGAUGGAAGAGACCAAGUCAGAAGACGGGGGGAGACCUGACAUCACGCUGGACUUCUUUGUCCCUCCGAGAAUUACUUUUAACAGACCAUUCAUGCUCAUAAUCUAUGACGACCUCACAGGGCUCGUCCUGCUCAUAGGGAGAAUUAUCGAUCCUACAGAUGUCUAGACUGGAGUCAGCAUCACAGUCUCCUUUUGUGCUUUUUUUCUUUUGCUAUUGAUUUUAUACUGAAUUCACUUACAUUACCAGCCCAGUCUCCAGGAGAAAAAAGUUGGCAUUGUACAUUUCUGUUAACCAUGAAUAUGUUACCUUUGUAAGUUUAAUACACGUCAUAUCAGUGUUUCUGAAGUGAUGUAGUAUAUCAGCCGUCUUUGUCAUCUAGAGGUGGAGGAGAUAGUGGAUGGUAAGACACCUGCCAAGCUGCAGACCACUGUUUGAGUCGUUGAUGUGUUUCUGCUGAGGAUAGUGCCACUAAAAACGAUUGUUUUUAUCAAACUUCCCUAAAUUUACAGCCAGGAUAGUGCCACAGAAAAAGUUUUUUCUUUUUUUUAAGUGAGACAUUGCUGCAUUUCUAGAGGCAUUUUUGGCCCAGCUGGGAGAGUGCCACAAAAAGCUUUUUGCAGAGACACUGCUGCAUUUGUAAUGGCUUUCUAGUCACCAAACAGGGGUGUUUUGCAGUGAGCCGCCGCUGCAUUUCCAGCAAGGAUAGUACCAAAAACAGGGGUUGUUUCUGGCCAAGACAUUGCUGUGCUUCCAGCCGGGAUAGUGCCACAGAAAACUUUUUUUUGUUCUUUUUUUUUUUAAACUGAGAUAUCACUGCAUUUCUAGCGGAUUUUUAGCUACCACAGGUGGAUAUUCUGUAGUGAGCCUUCACUGCAUUUCCAGCAAGGAUAGUAGCAAGAAAAGCAGUCGCUUUUUACAGAGACAUUAAAGGGAUAGU